AUGGACAUCACCAAGAACUUGCUUUGGUUAUUCCUCCUUAAUUCAGCACUCCUGGAUGCCAUGUCAGAUGCCACAACCUCGACCACAGAGAGCUUCAUAACAUCCGUUCCUCCAGGUGCCUCCCUGAGCCUGGUGAACGGUAGACACCAAUGUGAGGGGCGCGUAGAGAUUUGGCACUCUGGGGGCCGGGGCACCGUCUGCGAUGACAGCUGGGACCUGAGGGAUGCCGAGGUUGUGUGCAGGCAGCUGGGAUGUGGCUUUGCUGUUGCUGCAACAUCCAAUGCCUACUUUGGACAAGGCACGGGCAGUAUCUACCUGGACGAUGUGCGCUGCACCGGGAGCGAGUCCUCCCUCUUCCAGUGCAGCCACAAUGGCUGGGGUGUCCACAACUGUGGCCACAGUGAAGAUGCUGGUGUUGUCUGCUCAGAGCAGACAAAGGGAAAAGCACAGCCUCAGCAAGCAGAGAGUGGCAGUCCUAGAGCUUUUCCCACCUUUUCCCUGUCUCCUCCUUUCCCAGGUGCCUCCCUGAGCCUGGUGAACGGUAGACACCAAUGUGAGGGGCGCGUAGAGAUUUGGCACUAUGGGGGCCGGGGCACCGUCUGCGAUGACAGCUGGGACCUGAGGGAUGCCGAGGUUGUGUGCAGGCAGCUGGGAUGUGGCUUUGCUGUUGCUGCAACAUCCAAUGCCUACUUUGGACAAGGCACGGGCAGUAUCUACCUGGACGAUGUGCGCUGCACCGGGAAUGAGUCCUCCCUCUUCCAGUGCAGCCACAAUGGCUGGGGUGUCCACAACUGUGGCCACAGUGAAGACGCUGGUGUUGUCUGCUCAGGUACCAUUAGUGGCAGUCCUAGAGCUUUUCCCACCUUUUCCUUAUCUCCUCCAUGCCCAGGUGCCUCCCUGAGCCUGGUGAACGGUAGACACCAGUGUGAGGGGCGCGUAGAGAUUUGGCACUCUGGGGGCCGGGGCACCGUCUGCGAUGACAGCUGGGACCUGAGGGAUGCCGAGGUUGUGUGCAGGCAGCUGGGAUGUGGCUUUGCUGUUGCUGCAACAUCCAAUGCCUACUUUGGACAAGGCACGGGCAGUAUCUACCUGGACGAUGUGCGCUGCACCGGGAACGAGUCCUCCCUCUUCCAGUGCAGCCACAAUGGCUGGGGUGUCCACAACUGUGGCCACAGUGAAGACGCUGGUGUUGUCUGCUCAGAGCAGACAAAGGGAAAAGCACAGCCUCAGCAAGCAGAGAGUGGCAGUCCUAGAGCUUUUCCCACCUUUUCCCUAUCUCCUCCUUUCCCAGGUGCCUCCCUGAGCCUGGUGAACGGUAGACACCAAUGUGAGGGGCGCGUAGAGAUUUGGCACUAUGGGGGCCGGGGCACCGUCUGCGAUGACAGCUGGGACCUGAGGGAUGCCGAGGUUGUGUGCAGGCAGCUGGGAUGUGGCUUUGCUGUUGCUGCAACAUCCAAUGCCUACUUUGGACAAGGCACGGGCAGUAUCUACCUGGACGAUGUGCGCUGCACCGGGAAUGAGUCCUCCCUCUUCCAGUGCAGCCACAAUGGCUGGGGUGUCCACAACUGUGGCCACAGUGAAGACGCUGGUGUUGUCUGCUCAGAGAGUGGCAGUCCUAGAGCUUUUCCCACCUUUUCCCUGUCUCCUCCUUUCCCAGGUGCCUCCCUGAGCCUGGUGAACGGUAGACACCAAUGUGAGGGGCGCGUAGAGAUUUGGCACUCUGGGGGCCGGGGCACCGUCUGCGACGACAGCUGGGACCUGAGGGAUGCCGAGGUUGUGUGCAGGCAGCUGGGAUGUGGCUUUGCUGUUGCUGCAACAUCCAAUGCCUACUUUGGACAAGGCACGGGCAGUAUCUACCUGGACGAUGUGCGCUGCACCGGGAAUGAGUCCUCCCUCUUCCAGUGCAGCCACAAUGGCUGGGGUGUCCACAACUGUGGCCACAGUGAAGAUGCUGGUGUUGUCUGCUCAGAUGGCACUAAUGUUACCAGUGUUCCCACUCCACCAGUGACGACUCCAGCUAAAAAAUAUAUUUGUGGUGGCUUACUUUUUAAUCCCUCCGGAACACUUCAGAGUCCUUAUUAUCCUCUGAAUUAUCCAGAUAAUGCAGACUGUCUGUGGCAAAUACAAGUGGAGAAUAAUUUCCGCAUUACACUCACAUUUAGAAAUAUUCAGUUGCAAGGUGGAUGCCAGAAUGACUAUAUUGAGAUUUAUGAUGGGCCACCCAACACUUCUCCUCUGCUUGGAAGAAUUUGUUCUAAUUAUGGUCCUACAUACACAUCAUCGUCCAACUUCAUGGCUGUCAGGUUUCGCAGUGACUCCAGGUAUACCGGUAGAGGGUUUCAUGCUGAGUAUCGAUCCAUUCCAACAGACCAUAACACCACUCUUGUAUGCUUUCCAACAUACAUGCGCGCAGCAGUGGACAGGCGUUAUCUCCAGUCACAGGGCUAUUCAGUGUGGAACAUCAGCUUGUCUGAUCCUUACUGUAGACCAACAUUUACAUCAACUGAGGUUAUAUUCAACAUUCCAUACAAUGGCUGUGGUACACAUAGACAGGGCAACAAUGAAACGAUCACCUACUCCAAUGUGAUAAGAGUGCCUGCUUUCGGUUACAUCAUCAAGAGGCAAAGCGACCUUUACUUGAGUGUCAACUGCAAAAUGCUCCGGAACACCUGGGUACAAGCGAUGUACAUUGCCAAUGACAUCAUUAAUGUCAAUGAAAGUCUGUCCCAGUAUGGCAGAUACAGCAUGAACCUGACAUUCUACAAUUCCUCAUCUUUCUUGUGGCCAGUGCAUGACUUCCCAUACUACGUUGACCUGAAUCAGAACUUGUUCCUUCAAGCUUCCCUUCACAGCUCUGACCCAAAUCUGGUGGUGUUUGUGGACACAUGUGUGGCAUCACCUGAUCCUAACAACUUUAGAACACUGGCUUAUGAAUUGAUCAGAAGUGGGUGUGUCAAGGAUCCUACCUACUCUUCUUACUAUUCACCAUACAGCAGUGUUGCUCGGUUUGCCUUUAAUGCUUUUUCAUUUGUUAAUCGAUACCAAUCAGUUUACCUGCAGUGUGAGCUGGUGGUGUGCAGGGCCUAUGACUACUCUUCCCGCUGCUAUCAAGGUUGUGUUAAUAGAUUCAAGAGGGAUGCAGGCUCUUCCCAUGAAAAAAUGAGUGUUGUUAUUGGACCUGUCCAGCUUCGGGAAGCUCAUGCUGAGAACAGGAAUGCGGAGCUGGCAUCUGACAUCAAGGUGAAAGGGGAGUCUCGGGACGCAGUGACUGCUGCCAGCUCUCACGUUCCUCUGGCUGUGACUAUUGUGGUGCUGGCUGCUGCUGUUCUCACAGUGGGGGGAUUUCUUUUGAAGCGUAAGCUGCAUGAACCCAUCCCAUACCAGAUAAUGUGAGAGGCACACCAAGACCUUCCAAGGUGGAAGACCAUUUUCAGCAGCCAUCUGCUUCACUGUUCGGUUUUGCAAUCUGUGUAGAGGGUAACUCUCACUUGACUAUUCCACCUAGAUUUUGUUUGAAUGAUCUGUAUCAAGAUUCAGACUGAAAAUCUGUAUCAAGGGAACACCAAGUGUUACCAUGAGCUGAACCUAUAAAGGAGCCUGGCUUUAAAUAAAGUACAAAUACACUUCAGGUCCUAAGACAGGUUGAUUCUUCCAUCCCAGCAUCCGAAUAAGGUACCAUUUUCAACACUGGACAUUUCAGAGCAUCUCAGUUGAGCUCCUGUUUGAGUGUCUGUCUGAGAAGACUGAUUUAAGUGACUUGAGAAUGAAGAACUGACUUAUUUUGCCAUUGCUGAUACACAGAUAAAACCCCUUUGUAGCACCAUAAGAUACUUUGGAAAGUACUCUGAGAGAAAUGUUUCUUUGCAGUAAAAAUACCUUAACAAUGAA